AGGGCACAAAGACUUCCUAAGGGUGGAAGGCGCCUCGUGCCUUCGCCUCCAUCUUGCGGUCAGAACGGCGUGCGCGGUCGCGGCCAAGGGGUCGGGACCUAGGCCGGCGGCUGGGCUUGAGAAUGCCUGAGAGCGGCGAGGGAGCGCGCGAGUUUGCGCAUCUGGUGGUGGAGCAGCUGCGCUCCUAGUCAGCCUGGGCCUCGGGGGAGGUCACUUUCCUUCAGGCCUCUCCCGGGCGUGGGCUGUUUACCCGGCUCCCCAGUAACGCAGCUCGGGUCUCUCCCCCUGGAAAGAUGGAGAUCAGUGAUGCCUUCUUAUCGCCGUGGAUGCAGCAGCCCCCAGAUGCGGAGGGAAAAAAUCAAGAUGUCCCAUUUUUUUGCCUCGGAGGGCUACCCUUUCUAACUGUCGUCACUAGAACAGUUCUCAGCAGCCCGGGACGAAUGUCCAAAACCUUUGCCAGGCCCUUGAUAAUUAGUAGGUUGGGUUUGGUGUAUUGUUUGUUACAAAAAUGAGCGGAAACCUGCCAGGGCAGAUUGGACCUCACUGGGAAUUCUUCAGGACCACGAAGGGAGGAAGCUGAAGUCUUCAGCAGAACCCUGACCUAAGGAGUCUCAAUGGCCCUGGGUGAAGAAAAGGCAGAAGUGGAAGCAUCUGAAGGCACAGGCUGUGGGGAGCAGGAGGUGGACACCCCAGGGCCCAUGAGCGGGGAGCAGCCUCCACGCCUGGAAGCUGAGGGAGGGCUUAUCUCCCCUGUAUGGGGAGCAGAGGGGAUACCUGCCUCUGCUUGCUGGGUCGGGACUGACCCUGGCGGCCCCUCAAGAGCCCACCAGCCACAGGCCUGUGACGCCAGCAGACAGCUCGUAGCUGAGAGGCCUGAGCCCGCACUUGGUAGCCUGCCUCCUGCCACCGUGGGGUCUGGAGACCUUCUGCUCUCUGGGGAAAGCCAGGUGGAGAAGACCAAGCUUUCUGCCUCCAAGGAGCUCCCUCAGACUCUGAGCCUUCCCAGAACGACAGCUAUUUGCUCAGGACUUGAUGCUGAUACCGAAGAUGAUCCAUCCUCAGUGGAUUCGCCCCAGGCACUGGACCUCAGCCAGCAGCCUCACGGCUCAGGCUUCUCUUGCCUGUCGCAGUGGAAGUCCAUGCUGAGCCCAGGUUCCGCUAUACCUCAGCCUUCCAGCUGCAGCGUCUCUGCCUCCUCCACAGGAAGCAGUCUCCAGGGUCAACAAGAGAAGGCGGAGCCUCGUGGUUCUUCUCUGGCCAACAUCUCCUCUUCCCUGGAACUGGUCGUCCCCCAGGAACCCUCCUCUAUGGUGGGGCUAGGACGUCAGCCUCAGUGGUCACCACAGCCUGUGUUCUCUGGGGGUGAUGCUCCUGGGCUAGGCAGGAGACGCCUCUCCUUCCAGGCUGAGUACUGGGCCUGUGUGCUGCCAGAUUCCUUGCCUCCAUCACCCGACCGCCACUCUCCUCUCUGGAACCCAAAUAAAGAGUAUGAAGAUCUGCUUGACUAUACUUACCCACUGAGGCCCGGGCCUCAGCUUCCAAAACACCUUGAUAGCCGUGUGCUGGCUGACCCUGUCCUGCAGGACUCAGGGGUAGACCUGGAUAGCUUCUCUGUCUCUCCAGCAAGCACCCUCAAAUCACCUACUAAUGUCUCCCCCAACUGUCCACCAGCAGAGGCCACUGCCCUGCCAUUUUCUGGGCCCAGAGAGCCAAGCCUUAAGCGGUGGCCCUCUGGAGUACCCCAGAAACAAGGUGGCAUGGGCUUGUCAUCUUUGAACCAACUUGCAUCUACCCCCAGAGCCCCAGGCAGUAGGGAUGCUUCUUGGGAGAGCAGAGAGCCAGCCAUGAGGGGCACAAAGGACUGGUUGCCUGUGGGCAAGCACCUUGAUACAGGCUCUCCCCAACUAAGGACACGGGACAGAGGGUGGCCCUUGCCCAGACCAGAGAGAGAGAAGAGGACCAGCCAGAGUGCCCGGCGCCCUACCUGCACAGAGUCUAGGCGGAAAUCAGAAGAGGAAGUGGAAAGUGACGAUGAGUAUCUUGCCCUGCCCGCUCGGCUGACACAGGUUUCUAGCCUGGUUUCGUAUCUAGACUCCAUUUCUACCUUGGUUACCCUGCCUAUAGGGGAUACCAAGGGGCAGAGUCCCCUGGAAGUGUCAGACAGUGAUGGGCCAGCUUCCCUCCCUUCAAGCUCCAGCCAAAGCCAGCUUCCCGCUGGAGCUGCCCUCCGAGGGUCUGGGGAUCCUGAGGGCCAGAACUCCUGUUUCCUGCAUACCUUCAUCCAUGCCCAGGACUCUGCAAGGGAAGGCAGUCUGGGGAGCAGCCAGGCCCUUGGGGUCUCCUCUGGACUGCUGAAAACACGCCCCUCCUUGCCAGCUAGGUUGGACCGGUGGCCAUUCACAGACUCAGAAGCUGAAGGGCAGCGUCCCAGGAAAGGAGAACAGGGAAAAGAAUCACUGGUGCAAUGUGUAAAGACAUUUUGCUGUCAGCUGGAAGAGCUGAUCUGCUGGCUGUAUAAUGUCGCAGACGUUACCGACCACAGGAUUACAGCCAAGUCCAAUCUUACAGGUCUCAAGUCUUCUCUGCAGCUUUACCGGCAAUUUAAGAAAGAUAUAGAUGAACAUCAGUCUCUGACGGAGAGUGUCUUACAGAAGGGGGAGAUUCUUCUUCAGUGCCUGUUGGAGAAUACCCCAGUUUUAGAGGAUGUCCUUGGGAGGAUCGCAAAGCAGUCUGGUGAGCUGGAGAGCCACGCAGAUCGCCUGUAUGACUCUAUCUUGGCCUCUCUGGACAUGCUGGCUGGCUGCACCCUCAUCCCUGACAAAAAGCCCAUGGCAGCAAUGGAGCACCCAUGUGAAGGGGUUUAACCUGGCAUCCUCUCAGGCAAAUGCAACCUGUCAGCCAAACACAGGCUGGUGAGAAAAAAAAACCUUCAAGUCCUUGCAAGAGUCAUUCAACACUGAAGUCAAGGGGGAAAACUUCAAUAUACUAGCUUUAAAAUGCCUUUCUCCUCCCUGAAUGGAGGGCUGUUGAUUUACUAUUUUUAUUUACAAUGAAUCCUUCCAAACUAAGGUUUUCCUUUUGGUGCUUCUCCACAAAGAGCGUGUAGCUUUGCAAUUUUUGAUAAAAUAAGACGUCUUGCCUUCCCCUCUAUCCCAUUAAAAAACAGCAGACAAAGCUCAAACUGUUCCACCUGGUAAGGUCAUUUACCAAGGGCUGGUGGAAGGUUCUGAAUACUCCAUAUUCUCAGGCAUGUAAGAGGACCCAAGAGACUGAAAAAAGCCAAUGGCUGGCCAGAAACCUUGGGUCUUUUCAUAAAAGGAAAUUUGGGCUUGUCAAUCCGUCUUUGAAGAUUCAGGUAGAAAGAAGAGACUUUAACCCUUUGUCUGCAAAAGAAAAAGUAUUAAAUGACUAACAGAUUACUUUGGGAGAUUAUGACACCUUUUGCCAUCUUCAGGGCUGAUGUCUUUGGUUUCCUGGCUAACCAGUUUCUGAUAAGAAAAGUGUCAGGGACUUGGGGAUCUGCAGCCAUGCUUUAGCAUGGCUGUGGAGCUAAUUAUCAAGCUUAAGGGCACCUUUGGGAGGACUCAUCCCUUCACACCUAGUCUCCCUUGGAAGAGCAGUCCAGGCUCAGAGAAGGGAAUGGAUAGGAUGACACAGUACAGUACAGAAACUAAAGCUGUCAAUAGUGAAGAAAAUGGGAAUUCUUUGUUGUUUUGGCACUGACACAUAAGUACUUUGAUAGAAAAAACUCGAUCAACCAUUCGAAGCAUCAAUUCUAUAGCUUUUUGAAGAAAAAUGAUCAGUUAUUGCUGGUAAAACUGCAGAGUCUACAGAAAAGCACUUUUAAAGUUCUGUUUGGGCCAUGAAUGAACCUAGAAGGAGGAAAGCACAAUAUAACAAUGGAAACUAAAGUCCUAUUAUUAAUGUGACUUUUUUUUGCUUCAGAAUUUCUCAGACUUUAUAGUCACUGGAAAAUAGCCAUUAAAUUCUUUAAAGAUUAGCUCUUCCAACAGUAGCUGCACAUAAAAUGCAGUAUUUCAAGUGCCUGAUGCUGCUGCAGUAUGCUUUAUCAUAAAUAAUGCUUAAGGGCAUGAUCAAAAUUAAAAUGUCUUAUGACUGCCAUAUUAAUCUUAGUUCCAUACACAGUGAGACUUUAAAAGAGAAAAACCACUCUAACAAAUAAUUGUCCAUUAUAAACCUGUAUGUAAAACAUUCUUAAAAACCUAGAAUUGGUUAAAAAGGCAGAGAUGUCCGACAGCCUCUUAAAUUGAUCAGUUUCACCUUCUCUUUGAUGUAUAUUUAUAAAUAGGAACAUGCCCUUCCACUAAGUAUGUUACUGAAUAGCCCUUAAGAAAUUAAACCCAUUUAUUUACUGAUAUUUGACAGGCAUAGAAGUGUAUUAGUUAGCAUAAAAGUUGGAGAUGAAAACCCUACAGAAAGAAACUGGCCAAUACUAAACUAACUGAAUGCAGAAUGUGGCACUGUAUUCCCAUUCAACCAAUAAUCAGCUUCAACUGACAGGCAUUUUCACAGAAUGUUACACAAUACCGUUUCCCAAGAAAGUGUUACUUACCUAGAGAUGCUCUAAGGUAUUUUUGUUCAUCCUCUGAAUCAGGUGUGACUAAAGGGUGCUAGUUCUGGACCUGGCUGCGAAUGCUGCUGAAGAGUAUCAACACAACUGUUAAUUAUACAGCCGUGCUUGAAGACUUCCCUUAAAACUCAGGCUGAAAUUGUUUCCACCUAGUAAGAAACAUGGCCAGGUUAGAGUCAAGUAGCUGAGCUUGCUAAAUGCACUGUGGUGCCACACUGGAAUAACUUAGUAGUCCCUGAAAAUUAAUGGAAAUUGAAUCCAUAGGUAAGUGAUGAUAUUCAAAGCUCGAUCGGCAGUUUCAAGAUCUGGGUUCUUGGAGAUCCAUGGGUAGCUCAGCAAAUGGAAGGUGAUGUCAAUACAGGGCUAUUUUGAAGCUUAGGUGGGAACGGAGCACAAGGUUUGAUGUACAAUAUGCUGGAAAGGCAAGAUACAGGCUAAGGGAAAUUCAAUCCAAGGUCAAAGAAUAGGAAAUUACUGCUCGGACCAUAAUGACUAUCAUUCUGAAAGGAUUUCCCAGAGUUUGCAGCUGCUUAGAUUUAGAACACUCUUCACUAUGUAAACUAAUUUAUGGCAGCACCUUAUAUUUAGAAGAAGUGAUAAUACCCUUUACUAAGUGAACAGAUUAUUAAAGCCCAUAGUAGCCUUGAAUUGUUUGUUUGUACUUGAAAAUGGGAGUAUGAAAGGGGAAUAUAUUUUUUCCAAAACUGUGUUUAUUGGCAAAUUGUGAGGCAUGCUGAACUAUGUUGUUGUAAAUCCCAAUCUUUACUGCCAUGGGGGAAAGGAUGCUGGAAUUUUCCAAAUGAAGUCUGUAAGUAAUACCCAUCUUAAGUUCAUGUAAUGUUUCUGCUAACUCACCAAUAAGAAGCUGACGAUUUAAACAAAUUUUACUGUAUAAAACUGAAGUGCAUGGUAUGGCAUCAGAAUAUCUUGACAUUUGUUUUGUGUCAUUUAGCUACUUUAGAAAAUAGUUUUCUGAACUCUUUCCCCCUUUAUACUGUAUUAAGGCAAAAACAAAACUUUUGAAGCAUUAAAGAUCUUCACCAAAAUAACUAUUGGUAACUUCAGGAAUUUGUCAGUUGCCUUAUGUGAGGAUGAAUAGAUCCACCAAGCACGCCUAUAAUACAAAGUAAACUAUGAUUUUUAUUGUGAAAUUUUCAUAGAUGGAAAAUUGAAUAUUCUGUCCAUUUCAUUUUACAGUUAUCUUACCACUUAUUUUUGUACCAUGUAUUUCAAUUGCCUGUUUAGUGAAAAAUAAAAAUUAAAAAACCUAUUAA